AUGUGCGAAACUCUUGGAAUUGAUGUGGAUUAUCGUACACCAAGUGUUCUCUACGAAGAGGUAUCAGUGCCGGCGUCCGUUGAUAAUCAACAGUUCAUCGAUUUUCUGCUGGAAAAAGGAAUUUCUUUCUCAAACAAAUCAAAAUACCGAUUGGCUCGUUCGCAUGGACAUACAGGUGGCAUUGUGGGACGCAUUCCGGAUAUUGUUGUUUGGCCAGCAAGCGAGGAUCAAGUCGUGGAGGUAAGUGAAGGAAAUAAUUAG